AUGCCUGGCGGGUGCGAGCCCGGUGCUCCUGAGGCGAAGCCGCAGUGGCAAUGCAGCGCCUGCGGCCGGGAGACGGCUGGUGAUGUGCUGCAGCAAGCCGCCGAGACGCAGCUGACGCAGCAGCUGCUGCUGGAGCUGAAGCCGCCCAGGGGUCUGCCCAAAACUCCGCCCGAGGAGUUGGUGGUGCUGGCCGCUGACGUGCGCAGCAAGCUAGGCCUGGAGUGUGGACGACUGGCGCAGUGA